UGGGCGGAGUCGCUCACCGUUCCGUUACACGGGUCCGUUUCUCCCGGUUGUGUUCAGUGCAGCAGCUGCGAGGACCUGAGGAAACUCACUCACUCACUCACCCUCCCGUGUCUCGGAUACUUUACGGUCCCGCCCGGUCUCCAGUCACCCGCUCGGGAGCAGAGAACCGUCCCGUCUUGAGAUGAUGCUGAGUCUCGGUCUGUUCGCGUCUCUGGUGGUUCUGGCGGUGUCCGUUACCGGCGGCAGUGACGGAAACCCGCUGGACAACGAUAAGUGGAUGAGCACCGUGUCCCGGUACGACAAGAGCAAAUACUGGAACAAAUUCCGCGACGAGGUUGAGGACGAUUACUUCAGAGCCUGGAAUCCCAACAAAGCACAAGACCAAGAGAGUGGGUCGAGCCCACGAUCAGAACUUAAACCUAAAUCACACUCACAGACCAAGAGAAGAACUACUGACGGGCUGGACAGCACUAAAGACCCGUGUCUGAAGGUUCACUGCCCUCCUCACAAAGUGUGUGUGAGCCACGACUUCCAGACGGCCAUCUGCGCCAAUCAUAAACCAGCCCAGCACAGCAUUAAACCCAGGAAAGGAAAUCCCCCUCAUAAGCGUUGGAUGGGAGCUGUGAAUCAUGGGAAAUGUAGGCCAUGUCCUGUAGUUCACUCCAGCCUAGUGUGCGGCUCAGACGGACACACAUACUCCUCAAAGUGUAAACUUGAGUUCCAGGCCUGCAGCUCGAGCAAGAGCAUCUCUGUGAAGUGUGAGGGUCCGUGUCCCUGCCUGCCAGGACAGGAAGUCAUCAAACCACACGCAGAGAAGAACGGCUGCAGCGAUGCUGAUUUGAAAAGUUUAGCAUCCAGACUCAAAGACUGGUUCGGGGUUUUGCACACAGACGCCAACAGAGACCUUAAGGGCACCACGAGUGACACUGCACAAGGACGUUUCGACACCAGCAUUUUGCCCAUCUGUAAAGAUUCUCUCGGGUGGAUGUUCAACAAGCUGGACAUGAAUUACGACCUUCUGCUCGACCAAUCAGAGCUCAGUGCCAUUUACCUUGACAAAUACGAGCUGUGCAUGCGGCCACUGUUCAACUCCUGCGACUCCUUCAAAGACGGAAAGCUGUCCAACAACGAGUGGUGCUACUGUUUCCAGAAACCUGACGGCAUGCCGUGUCAGAACGAGAUGAACAGAAUUCAUUCUCAGAGCCGGAGGAAGACUCUGAUAGGGGCGUAUGUGCCGCGCUGUUCUGAGGACGGGUAUUUUAAGGCCACUCAGUGUCAUGGCAGCAGCGGUCAGUGCUGGUGUGUCGACAAAUACGGCAAUGAGAUCGCAGGAUCCCGCAGACAGGGAAACCCUACCUGUGACGAGGAUCAGGAGAUGUCUGGAGAUUUCGGCAGCAGCGGCGGCGGCGCCGUCAUUCUACUGGACGAUCAGGAGGAGGAGUCUCCACAGCGUGGGCGGGGCCGACAGAAAGAGAGGCGGGGUCGACUCCACCCCCGCGGGGCGAUCGAGGACGACGAAGACGGCGAGGACGACGAGAUGGGCUACGUCUGGUAGCUCCGCCCACCCAUCUUCCACUAAUUAACCAGGGACCCAUGUUAAAAUGCACAGUUCUGAAGCCAUUCCAGCUCCGCCCCCUCAGACACGCCCCCUUCUUCUCAUUCUGGAUCUAAACUUGUCCUUCUCAUUCUCUCUUUCUCUCUUUCCUCAGCCGCCUCUUCAUGUUCUGUCCUCUGUUUUCCCUCAUUCAAACUCUCCUGGAUCACUCUUGUGUAUUCUAGACCGGCUCUAGACGGUAGACGUGCAUGACGAGAUUGUUCAGCAUUUCGGGGGCUUCAUACCAGUUCUACAUAGGAUCUUUUUAAAGGGUUCGUUCUCAGUGGUGAUGUGCAUGAACGCCACUGCUGAAUGCAGGAGACGACGUCUGAGACCUUCGAGGGCGAGGAUCAGGUGGGCUUAAGCCAAACGCGCACUACAAGACCGAAGCUCAUUGUGCUUUCAUGUUUUAAAUCUGCCACAAGAGGCUGCGGAUCGUAGUGAACUCACAGCAUUAAUGUUCGCUCUGUGUGAGACACACUACAACUUAUCACAGAUGCUACAAUACUAGUUAAAAUCUCAAAUCUGAGCAAAGAGCAACAAGGUAAUGAGAUUGCAGGAGAAAGAAAAUGGUGAAUUUCUCCCAAAGCACUGGCUCAUGCAUUUUUUGGUUUAUUUUUAUUUUUUGUUGCAUGCAAAAAUGACCUGAAAGCCCUUCCUUUUGUGUGAGAAUGAGAGAGUUUGUGCAGGAUGAUCUUGUAAUUAAUGCAUGUAGACUGUAUUAGUUGAGUAAAAUGUGCACAAAAACAACACAAGAAACGGUGUAAAUGUGCAGAGCGAUGAGCUUCAGUCGGGUUGUGUGUGCUUGACUUUAUGCUGCUUUCACGUCAGUUCACAAUUACUGUAAUUAUAAGUAGCAAAUCCCAUGCAUGCGACUGUGAACUUAUAGUUGAAAUUCAUUGCAAAAAGUGCUGCUCUUGUUCAGUAUUUUUGUCUUGUUUUAUAGCACAAAUUUGAUUUCAGUUGCCAAUACAACAUUUAU